AUGUCUCGUGCAAAUCUUGAACUCGGGAAAUGGGUAUCAAAUACACCAUGUAUACAAACGGAUGAUAGCGACACACAACCUGCGCAAACGUCACCAGUAAAGGUUCUCGGACUGUACUGGCAUCCUGGAAAAGACAUUCUAACGUACAAGGCCGGUCUUGCUAAAAAUCCUGAUUGCACAAAGAGACAAGUUUUGUCCGACGUCUCGAGGAUAUUUGAUCCUCUCGGACUCUUGGCACCCAUUGUAAUCCAAUUCAAAAUCCUGUUCCAAAAGCUAUGGCUCUUGAAUUUGGAUUGGGAUGACCCACUCCCAACUAAACUGGCGGACAACUGGCUAAAGUGGAGAGCAGAUCUGGACAAUCUUCAAACAUUUCAACUACCACGAUUUGUCGCCAACGACCCGGACAACAUCGAACUCCACGGAUUUUCGGAUGCGUCAACCAAGGCAUAUGCUGCUGUGGUGUACAGCAGAGUCACGAGUGACGAUGGCUCCAUCUCGGUAUCCAUUGUGGCUGCGAAAACAAGGGUGGCUCCACUGAAACAACAAUCCUUGCCACGUCUAGAACUUUGCGCAGCACUUCUCCUUAGCCAACUGAUUCGCUCGAUCACAUCUGCAUUGCGCCACAAAAACAUAACUGUUUUUGGCUGGUCCGACUCAUCAAUAGUGCUCACCUGGUUAUCGUAUACGCCAGCCCAACUCAAGACAUUUGUUGGAAACAGAACCUCGGAAAUCCUUGACACUAUUCCAAGGAGUGCUUGGCAUCACGUAGAUUCCAAAACAAACCCAGCGGACUGUGCGUCCAGGGGACUGAUGGCUGCUGAUCUCAUCGACUUCCAUUUGUGGUGGAAUGGGCCUUUAUGGCUACGGGACAAGGUGCAGUAUCUGGUAAAGUUAAACGACUCACGUUUCGGUUUAUCUCUUACAGACAAACGCAUUCAAGGAGAAGUCAAAUCCAACUGUUUGGCCACACUGGCUGAAGCAACCCCGGUUCAUCCAUUUGAUGAACUAACCGAGCGAGUGUCUUCUUGGAUCAAGCUCGUCCAUAUUGUUGGCUACGUGAAGCGGUUUAUUCAACGUACACGAAACCUAACUCCCAAAAGGGUAUCUAGCGCUCUCACAUUUGACGAGAUUAGGGAGGCAAGGAUUCUGUGCAUAAAACAAGCACAAGGUUGUUUCAAAGACGAUUACCAAUUGCUCCUCGGUAAAAAACCUUUAAGGAACCGAUCACAGCUGAUCAAACUGGCACCCAUAAUCGACGAAAACGAUUUGCUGAAGCUGAUUCUGGAACACGAGCACCGAGUGAACCUCCACCCUGGCGUUUCCUCACUUUUUGUUAUUGUUCGGCAAAAAUUCUGGAUAUUUGGAGCACGUAAUCUAAUUCGCAAAAUAACCCACGACUGUUUAGCUUGCUUUCGUCAACGCUACCACACAUCCCAGCAACAAAUGGCUGAUUUACCCAGCGUACGCAUUACACAAGCGCUUCCAUUUAUAUAUACUGGUUGCGACUAUGCAGGUCCAAUACUUCUGAAGGAUGCAAAGGUUCGGAAGCCACGUAUCAGCAAGGGCUACAUAUGCCUAUUUGUUUGCAUGGUCACCUCGGCCAUCCACCUGGAACUUGCCACAGAUUUGACGACAGAAACCUUCUUGGCUGCCUUGCGGCGCUUUAUAUCGGUACGUGGCAAGUGCAGUAAGAUCUACAGUGACAAUGGCACAAAUUUUAUUGGAGCUAAGCGAUCCCUCGACGAGAUGCAAGAAUUGCUUUCUUCACAGACACACAAGGACACCGUGUCUAGCACACUAGCGGAUGAUGGUAUCCAAUGGAUGCGCACACUUCUUGCUCAAAUAAGCGCAGUGAUAAAUUCACGCCCCUUGUGCUACACACCGGAUACGGAAACCAACUACCUAUCCCCAGCUCACUUCUUAAUUGGGCGACCAUUAACAACAGUGCUAGAUCCCGUUUUGAGUCACAUCCCAGUGGGCCGAUUAGGAUAUUGGCAAAGCAUCCAGUCUAUGCUUCAAGGAUUCUGGAGAAAAUGGCAUCAGGAGUAUCUGACUACUCUGCAGCAACGUCCAAAAUGGACUACUUCAACACCCAACAUCUCGACCGGUGAUGUUGUGCUCGUAAAAAGUCCAAUUCACCACCGGCAUCUUGGCACAUCGCUCGGGUUAUGGAAACCUAUCCAGGGAAGGACAAUCUCGUUCGAGCAGUCAAAUUGA